CUCGUGCGGAUGCGACAUCAGGGCUUUGGCAGGCAGAAAGGGCUUGGUCGGGGUGUCACCGGGGUCCCGAUCCGCGCGUCUCUCUCCGGAUCCCGGCCGACUGGACGCCGCUGAUCGCCCCCACAUAGAGGAGCCCUGUCCUCGGCUAUGCUGCCCUGAGACCACCGCCACCAUCCAGCCCCGCCAACAUGUCUGAUGUCAACAGGACUGUUCAGAAAUGGCACGCCAGUUUUAGAAAAGGCACAGACUUUGACUCGUGGGGGCAAUUAGUGGAGGCGAUAGAUGAGUACCAAAUUCUAGCCAGACAACUACAGAAGGAGGUCCAGUCUACAAAUUCUUCAGACUUCACAGAGGAGCAGAAGAAAAACUUAGGAAAGAUUGCAACAUGCCUGGAGAUGAGAAGUGCCAGUUUACAGUGCACCCAGUCGAAGGAGGAAUUCAAGUUAGAAGACCUCAAGAAACUGGAGCCUAUAAUAAACAACAUACUCACCUAUAACAAAGAGUUUCCAUUUGAUGUCCAGCCUGUGCCAUUAAGGAAAAUCCUUGCGCCGGGAGAGGAGGAGAACUUGGAGCUGGAGGAAGAGGAUGAUGCUGCUGCAGGAGCAGGUUCAACAGAAGCUUUCCCACCGAGAGCUCCUGGUACCCUGUUGCCACGGUUACCCUCAGAACCUGGAAUGACACUACUCACAGUAAGAAUAGAAAAAAUUGGGUUGAAAGACGCCGGCCAGUGCAUCGAUCCUUACAUGAGCAUCAGCGUCAAAGAUAUGAACGGCGUGGAUCUGAACCCAAUGCAGGACACUCCUGUGGCCACCAGGAAGGAAGACACGUACAUUCACUUCAACGUGGAUGUAGAAAUUCAGAAGCAUAUAGAGAAAUUACCAAAAGGUGCAGCUAUCUUCUUUGAAUUCAAGCACUACAAGCCCAAAAAGAGGUUCACCAGCACAAAAUGCUUCGCCUUCAUGGAAAUGGAUGAGAUCAAACCUGGACCCAUUGUCAUUGAACUGUACAAGAAGCCCACAGAUUUUAAGAGGAAGAAACUGCAGCUGCUCACCAAGAAGCCACUUUACCUCCAUCUUCAUCAGACGCUACACAAAGACAGCUAAGCCUCCUCUUUGGACACGCCCCUUUCAUCUUGCUGCACAUCCGGGGAAAUGCGGUGCUCCUCCUCAUCGUCACAUUCAGCAAUACCAAAUCAAAGGCUGCAGUGUGAAGAACUUCAAAGAAACUGAUGCCCUCACACAGAUUUUAUGAAUUAAUGUGCAUUUUCUUUUUUCCCAAACUUACACCAGCAGCAGCAUGUUAAAGCAGGUUGAGACUCAUCAUGUUCAGUCUUCCACACACAGCUUUCUGAUUUGUCCUUUGUGUUUAAGGAAGGGGAUAGGUACUUCACUUUAGCGGUUUGCUUUUUUUUUUUGGUGUUAUCCCCUCUGAACUCUGGACUUGCAAAUGGGAAGAAGUAAAACAUUAACUCUUUAAUCCAAGCACUGCGUUGGGAAAACUCUAAUCCUUUUCUGGAGCUUUUUAUUUGUUCAGCUUAAAGUUUGCUCUCUUAUUGCUGCAGAAUGCGUCAGUAAAAGGGGUUCUAACUCGAGGGCAUUUAAUCACUAAAAUUGCAGCAGUGAAGAUGUUACUGAGCCAACAUGUCAGCUUGUGUGCCAUAAGGAAUCAGUAGCGACAGAAAUAUGUCCAACUCAUUCGUACAAGAGCUUAGGCAGAUUCAGGCACAGUUCCAUAAUAAAAACUGAUUUCAAAGGGAACAACCCUGCCAAUUGUGCAAAAAUAUGUUUGGCAGGAUUUGCUGCAGCUAGAAUAAAAUAAAUAAGUAGGUAUUUAUAACUUGUCAAAAGUAAAUAACUUUAAUUAUAAACAAAUCAUUAAAAUCUUUAAAUGUUGAACAAACAAUACAGUUCUGUGAAAAGUAUUUGCCCUCUUACAGAUACAAAAAAAAGAUCCUGUUUCUUUUAUCCCUCAUUUAAAUGUUUAGGAUCAAAUAAAUGUUAUCAGCAAAUAUUACUCGAGUAAAUAAAAAAUAUAGUUUUUUUUAAUCCUAUUAUUUAUCAAAGACAAACAUUUCAAAAUGUACUAAAAUUGAACAGGGUUUCUUUUUUCUUUUUAAACACAAUAAUUGGUUUCCUCACCUUUGGCGGCAACAACUUUUUAUUAUCUAACGAACAAAUUGGACCCAGGACUUUAAUCUUAUCGUCCCUAAAAUGCUGCACUGGUUCUUGGUCAUCAGGGUAGAAACUUUUCCAUGGAAGCCAUUUUUGUUCAGUCAAAAUGUUGGAUCAUUAACACUGAUCUUAACUGAGGUAAAUUAGAUCUGUGGAGCUUUAAAAUGUUCCGUGUUCGUUAAGGACCUCCUAGCUGGGUCAGUAAUGCCCUCUUGGAGUCAAUCCUGUUUAACUUCUACUGCCAGGAUGGUUCCUGUGGUUUUUCUGGAUUCCUAAAGACUAACCAGACUGAUGUCAAUGACUUCUGCAGUUCUCGAAUUUCUUUAAUGGUAUUUUGCAUUUUGGGUUCUUUAAGCCUACUUCAUGCUGUCAGACAGUUUAUUAAAGCGUGUUUCUUGCCUCUAAUGCCCUGGUGGUUCUAAGGCCUGGGUGCAGCAAGUAAGAUCUAACCCAAAAAGAACUUACACUCACAUUAAGCCAUUAAGAAAAAAAACAUUUAGUGUGUAAAAGUACUUUCUAUAUUUCAUUCUAUGGUUCAUUUAUGUUCUCGCUUUAACAUCCCACAAGGCUUUGUUUGGUCACAGCUUUUAUUUAUAAUCAGUUCAGGUUUAUUCUGUGCUCGGGGGUUAAAAGGAAGAAAUCUGCCUCACAGUAAUUCUUUUUAGUUUUUAUUUAAAUGAAGCAACAACAAACAAUUUCAAUGUUGUUUAAAACCCUGUCAAAAACUACAGAUUGUACUGAUUUUAUCCAGUUUUAUUUUAACAUAACAUUCUCAGCUACUAUUUUAAUAAGAUUGUUUGCAAAAGGAUGCGUUAAAGUUGUCUUGGUAUUUAAAGGAGCUCAUUCCCCUUUAGUAAUUUCCCCACUUAUUUAGUAUUAAAGUGCAGUUUUACAUCUGACAAAAUAAAUCAAAUGAAUGGAGCAAAGUUUGAAAAAAGUAGUUUGUUCAGAUUUUUCCAAACCUGAACUGUUUUACCUCAAGACGAAGGUUAAAUGAAGCUGUGAUAAGUAGCAUCUUUACAGGACGAUUGUUCAAAAAGAAUCCAUUACUUUGUAAUGCUAUUUAACUUCACUGUCACAUGUACCUGGUAAACAAAUCUGAUUGCAGACUUUAUUUUUGUAAUGUCACUUAAAUGAGGACAGCGAAUUAACUUGUGAGAUUGGCUGUGUCUGAACGUCCGCCCUAACCCUUAUACAGAUCACUAUAUAGGGGUUGCAUUUUAUGUCUAGUGGAUUAAAAAGCAGUGCAACCAAAAUUACCCACAAUGCACCUUGCAAACUAGUGGUCACUAGAUAAGUAGAUAUAUCCCAGAAAAAGCUCUCCUCACAAAGCAUUAUGGUAUUCAUCUUUGGGGCGAGAGAGAACAAAGAUGGCCCCCACUCUAUAUAGUGAUGGAGGGGUUAGGGAAGACGUUUGACGCAGCCAUAGACUAACUGUAAAUGUGUGUCAGGAACUGUUUGCCAUUUCUGUUGACAUAUUUGUUCAAACAUUUACAGUUAUUAUUUGAAUGAUAAACUAUAACCGAGGCAGUUUGUAACCAGUUCCCAUGAAAUUGUGUUUUGUAAUGAAAUAUAAAGUUGUGCCUAAAUGUAUAGAGCCCCUCCUCCCAAAUAUGUUUACCUAAGUUUGAUAUUAAAUAUGCAGUUUUAA